AUGACUCAAGCAAGCAAAGCAAAGAUGACUUUGGGUUUACUCAACCUACCCAAAGUCUACACCCUCAUCCGCAACAACCUGAAGGCGGAAAUGCAGAAUGUGGGUUGGGUCAAUAAAAGCACCUCCGGGAUGGCUGCGUUCAAUGCCUUAUGCCUUUACUUGAUGAACUUGCCCUCCCUUAAUGGUUUUCUGCCAAUUUGGACUGGGGGUGACUCCGAUGCCUGUAGAGUAUUGGCGAGUGCUCUACAGUGGCUCAUCGGGGAUGUUGGUAUGAAGGAUAAGUUAUCAAGGGGACAGGGGGACCGUCAGUUCAAAGAGGUUGCCGGUGAUAGUGAUGAUGAUGAUAACGGCGGUGCUCAGGCAGCCGGAAGUCGCUCUCGCAAAGGCAAAGAGCAUGCAGUACCCCCAGAGCUAGUGCGACCUUCCAUAAUGGUCACCGUGGUGGACUCCGAUGCUCCAGGAGCAUUCUUUAUUAUCGCCCCACCGCCUACCUAUGUGUAA